UGUAUGAAUGAAUGGCUAAGAUUUCUUAUCCACUAGAAAAUCUAGUGUUUUCUCUUGCCGCUAACUCUCCCUCUCUCUGUUUUCUCUUGCACUGCUCUCACAGUCACCUUGCUUCGUUUGUUUGGUUUUUUGAGCAUCUGGCCGGCCAUGGAUACAACAUCUCUCGUGAUUAAUCAUCGUCAGUCUCUAUCUCGCAUCAUCAAACUUCCCCAUGUACCCAAAUCUUAUGCUUUCUCCUCCUUUCAAUCCUUUCAGACCAGACAACUCCUAAACAAACAGCUCUCUUUCCGAGCUACAUCUCCUGCUGCGGUACAAAGAGACAACUACGAAACUGCCUCCUUCGUGGAAGACGACGACGAAUCGUACGGAGAAGUCAACAGAAUCAUCGGAAGCCGGAUGGCGGCAGGAGGAGGCGGAGCCGCCAUGGAGUACCUAAUCGAGUGGAAAGACGGUCAUUCCCCCUCGUGGGUCCCGUCCAGCUACAUCGCAGCAGACGUGGUGUCCGAAUACGAGACACCGUGGUGGACCGCCGCGAGGAAAGCCGACGACCAGGCACUCGCUCAGCUUCUCGAAUCGUCGGAAGGUCGCCGCGACGCCAACACGGUAGACGAGAACGGAAGGACGGCACUUCUUUUCGUGGCGGGGCUAGGUUCCGACAAGUGCGUAAGGCUUUUGUCCGAAGCUGGAGCCGAUCUUGACCACCGUGACAUAAGAGGCGGCUUAACCGCGCUGCACAUGGCGGCCGGGUACGUGCAACCGGAUGCGGUGGCGGCGCUGGUGGAGCUCGGAGCGGAUGCUGAGGUGGAAGACGAGAGAGGGUUGACGCCGUUAGAGCUGGCGAGGGAGAUUCUGAAAACGACGCCGAAAGGGAACCCGAUGCAGUUCGGUCGGAGAAUAGGGCUGGAGAAGGUGAUCAGCAUUCUUGAAGAUCAAGUGUUCGAGUACGCGGAGGUGGAGGAGAUUUUGGAGAAGCGAGGGAGAGGGAAAGACGUGGAGUAUCUGGUGAAAUGGAAGGACGGUGGAGAUUGCGACUGGGUGAAAGGUGUACACGUGGCGGAAGAUGUGGUGAAGGACUACGAAGCUGGGCUUGAGUACGCUGUGGCGGAGAAGGUGAUGGGAAAGAGGAUGGGGGACGAUGGCAACACUGAGUAUCUUGUCAAAUGGACUGAUAUGGCUGAUGCCACGUGGGAGCCUGAGGAGAACGUUGACAUUAGCCUUGUGCAACUCUACGAACAAGAAGAAGAGGCUCAACCUGUUAAUGAGCUUGAGCUUGGGAUAAUUAAGGAAUAACGCCAUGAUUUUUGUUUUGUUUUCUUUCUUUCUAUUGAAAUUUUCUUUUUAACUAAAUAUUUCACAAAAAGGGCAUUUGUCAAUGAUGUGUUAGAAAAUUUGCCGAGAGUACUGGAACACUUGGUGAAUUCUAAUUUCACAAAGAAGCAUUUCUUAAUUAGUCUGGCUAGUUCUCUGCUGAGAUUAGAACAAAAAUAGCUCAAUUCAAGCUCUGUUUGUACAUUCUUGCAAAUGCCAUCAAUUGAUAUUUGUUCUUCUAUGCCAA